CACACACACACACACACACACACACACUCCCUCUUUCUCCCACUGUCAGUGUCACUCUUUGGUGGAGAUGUGGAGCGUCCUUCUGUCCCUCUGUGUCCUUCUCAGGUCCAAUUCAGCCGAGGAAGUGAUGCUGCUGGACACGACAGAGUCGACCUCAGAACUGGGCUGGACCACGUACCCGGACACAGGGUGGGAUGAAGUCAGCGUCCUCGACGAUCGCGGGAAGCUGAUACGCACAUUUGAGGUGUGCAACAUCAACCAGAAUUCUCGCGUCAAAGACAACUGGCUGGCCACACCCUUCCUGUACCGCCACUCCGCCCCGCGAGUUUUUGUCACCUUGCGGUUUUCGGUGAGGGACUGCGCCAGCCUGCGAAGCCCAUCGCCCACCUGCAGGGAGACCCUCACCUUGUACUACAAGCAGGCCGACAGCCAGCGGGAACUGGAGAGGACCUGGGCGCCCGAGCCAUCCAGCGCUGACAAGAACACCAGAGAGGGCUGGGUGAAGAUCGACACCAUUGCGGCAGACAAGAGCUUCUCCAAGGUGGAGCCCAGUUCACCACAUCAGUACCAACCCAACAGAUACAGUCGCAUCAACGUCAAGACGCGCAGCUUCGCCCCCCUCACACGCAAUGGAUUUGUCCUGGCCAUUGUGGACAGUGGGGCUUGCGUUUCCCUCAUGGGGGUGUCAGUCUUCUACCGCCGCUGUCCCGCCACCAGCCUCUACUUGGCGUCUUAUCCCGCCACGCCGUCGGGGGCAGAACCCACAGCCCUGGUGCCGGUGAGCGGGACGUGCGUCACCCAUAGUAAGGCCCAGGGGGGCAUCGGGCCUCGCAUGCACUGCAAUGCUGAAGGCGAGUGGAUGGUUCCAGUCGGAGGAUGCGUCUGCGAUGAAGGCUAUGAACCCAACCUUAAUGGGUCUGCCUGCUUGGCGUGUCCAGUGGGCUACUUCAAGACAGUUUCUGGUUCUGUCCCAUGCUCGGUGUGUCCCCCCAACAGUAGAACCAGUCACGAGGGAUCCAGCGCGUGCGAAUGUCGCAGCAGCUUUUACCGUGCAGCCAGCGAUGCCAACUCGUCUGCCUGCACAACUCCUCCCUCUGCUCCCAUGUCACUUUCCUGGGAGUACGAGAGCGGCGAUGGCGGGGUAUCCUUAAGGUGGCGCCCUCCGGUAGACAUGGGGGGCCGCAGCGAAGUGUGGUACGGGGUGGUGUGUCGCAUCUGCCCGUCUCCCGCCAUCACCAACCCGGCAUCCUGCUCCUGGUGUGGCGAGGGUGUCACCUUCAGCCCCACCCAGACUAACCUCAAACAGACCAGUGUGACCCUCAACAACCUGCUGACCAGAGUCACAUAUCUCAUACAGGUGCAAGCCAUGAAUGAGGUGUCCUCCCUCAGCCCUUUCCCUGCUCGCUACGCAAGCAUCAACUUUACUACAAGCCAAUCAGUUCCCAGUACAGUUCCCUUGAUGCACCAGCUGAGCCGCGCCCCAGACUCCAUCACCUUGUCCUGGCCUCAGCCCGACAGACCCAAUGGGGACAUCUUGGAGUACCAACUCAGAUACUUUGACAAGGGCUCAGACGUGGACAGUGCCGUCAGUGUGUACAGCGAGACCAACACCUUGAGCGUCAGCUCCCUCAUCCCGGGAUCCAUCUACGCCUUCCAGAUACGAGCUAGGAAUGAGCGAGGCUACGGUCCUUACAGCGACACCAUCUACUUCACCACGCUGCCUCUCGAGGAGCAUUCCCAGCAGGUCAAGAACCACCUGCCUCUUUUGGUAGGAUCUGUGAUGGGAGGGGCGGCGUUUCUGCUGGUGGUGGCGGCUAUCGUGGUGGUGGUGGUGUUUCGCAGUAAAAGGAGGGAGAGUCCAUACAGUGACAGGCUGCAGAGGUACAUCAGUAACAGAGGUGGAGUGAAAUACUACGUAGACCCCUCCACGUACGAGGACCCCAGCGAGGCGGUCAAAGAGUUUGCCCGAGAGAUUGAUUCUACUCACUUGAAGAUCGAGGAGGUGAUUGGUGCAGCCCAGUUCGGGGAAGUGUCUCGGGGACGUUACCGUCCACCAGGCCGCAGGGAGGUCCUGGUUGCCGUCAAGACUUUGCGCUGGGGGGCAUCUGACAGAGAGAAGGGCAUGUUCCUCAGUGAGGCGGGGGUCCUGGGACAGUUUGACCACCCCAACGUGCUGAAGCUAGAGGGCGUGGUGACCCGCGUACCCCCGGCAAGAAUCGUCACAGAGUUCAUGGAGAACGGGCCUCUGGAUUCCUUCCUCAGGGAGAAUGAGGGGCAGUUCAGCGUCCUCCAGCUGGUCGGGAUGCUCCGAGGUGUCGGCGCCGGGAUGCGUUACCUCUCAGAGAGGAACUUCGUCCACCGGGACUUGGCGGCCAGGAAUGUGUUAGUCAACUCCAAUCUGGUGUGCAAGGUGUCCGACUUUGGGUUGUCCCGACUCAUGAGGAGCCUGGACCACAACAUGCCAACGUACACAGCCUCACUGGGGAGUAAGAUUCCUGUGAGGUGGACAGCACCGGAAGCCUUUCAACAUCGCAAGUUCAGCUCAGCGAGCGAUGUGUGGAGCUUUGGCAUCCUGAUGUGGGAAGUCAUGUCCUAUGGAGAGCGUCCGUACUGGGACAUGAGUAAUCAGGAAGUAAUGAAGGCUGUAGCGGACCAGUAUCGCCUCCCGGCGCCCACCAGCUGCCCCUCAGCCCUCCACUCUCUGAUGCUUCAGUGCUGGCAGGCCGAGCGAGGGGACCGGCCAGGUUUCGAGUCCAUCCUAGCCUCCUUGGACAGACUCAUUAGGCAUCCCGUGUCUCUCAAAACUGACAUUACCCGGAGCUGCUCGCAGCCACUGCUCAGCCCCACCCCCACUGACUUUUCAUCAGUGGCCACAGUCAGUGAUUGGCUGAGAGCGCUGAGGAUGGAGAGAUACCAGGACGAGUUUGAUCGAGCGCACCUCGAUACACUCGACCGAGUCAGCCGCCUCGCCAUGGACGACAUCCAGAACCUUGGCGUGAACCUUCUGGGUCAUCAGAGGAAGAUCUUCAGCGCCGCCCAGCAGCUGAAAGCCCAUCUCAGUCAGGGGCAGGUGGAGGUGUGACGUCCGCAAAGUGCCCACUUCUGCUUGACGCUGACAUUUCAAAGCCAAAAACUGAUGGCGAUCAGAAGAAAGACUUCCUGGUAAGAUUGAGCAUUACGUCAUGGAGCACAACGAGAAUGAGGACUUGUUUCACACAAGAUUUCACUUUAUCAUCUCCUCCUCCUCCUCCUCGCUUUUACAAGGACAAUAAAAAUAUUUUUUGUGUGUCAAAUUCAUGACACCCCCCCCCCCCAGACAUAUCCACAAUGGCCUCACUCUCACAUUAGGGAACAUUUGUACAUCAAACAAGGUGCAUCACAUCACACACAGGUUUACGUGUAGACGUCACACAGACUUUAUUUUGUUUGCUUAGCGCGUAUGUGACACGGACUAACACUUGAAGGAAGCAAUGUGUGUGUGCGCGUGUGCGUGCGUGUCAUGUUACACAUGUCUUGAGCUGUUUACAUGUGUGAGCGGUCACCACUAUUCCGUAAAUGUGUGCAUAUCUUUGUAAAAUAAAUGGUUUUA